AUGCCUCAAGCUCAGCCGGAAUUGAAAAAGUACAUGGAAAAGCGGAUCUUUUGCCAAUUGAACGGCAACCGCAAAGUCAUUGGUAUUCUGCGAGGUUACGAUGUUUUCAUGAACAUUGUUCUCGACGAGGCUUUUGAAGAGAAGCCCGGCGGUGAGAAGGUCGCUGCUGGCAUGGUGGUCAUCCGCGGUAACUCCGUCGUCAUGCUUGAGGCUCUGGAACGGAUAAGCGAGAAAUAA